UUCAUUUUUUUAGGUUUAAUGCAAAAAGUUGUUUUAAUUUUAGGUAUCGAUACGUAUGCGAACCAUAAAGAUAUGUCGGAGUUCUGUAAACGUAAAGUCUCACCGUCCAUGCUGUUUGGAUCAUCACUGGAUGAUAGUCAUUUAAAUGUAAUUUACUAUUCGAAGCUGAAUGUGCCAUAUAGCUGUAUGGUCACUAUAAGGACGGAACCACCAUACGUCAUAGUGUUAGUGAUUGACGUGGUAAGUGAGGUGGACUUGAGAGAAGUGUGUGCAACGAACCGAGAACCGAUGGCCGUGUACCACGUGGUGCCGGCUUACGGCGGCUACUGGGGGUCGCUGCCUGAACAUCUCAUGACUAGGCGCAAGACCAAUCACACGAGGGCUUAUACGAUUAAAACCACCACGCAAACUGCCACUAGUUCAGUGCAGGAAGAGGAAGAAGAAAAUAAUACGGAAAUAUAUGAUACAGAGAAAAUACCAACUUGGGCGGAUGAUUUUGUAGUCACAAAAGAAAUACCUUUGAUGAACAUCUCCGGAAACUUCCAAUUAGUGGACCGGCCCAUACAACACGUUCAGGACUUGCUGGACGACGAUGACGUCACACCCAAAAAAGGUGAAGACUAUGUUACCUCUCUCGUACCGCUAGUGAAGUUUUCUCCAAACACGCAGACAGGACGACUCAUGCAUUUUAACACUAGCGAUGGGGAUCCUUUCUUCCAACUCGUCAAUUAUAAUACGAGACAAGACAGUAUUACCAUGGAUCCAAGGCUUUUAUUUACUACUGAACGCACGAAAGUAUUGACAAAAAAAAGUAAAUGGGUGGCUAACAGAUGGAAACAUUUCAAAAAAAAUAAAUACAAUAAUUUAAUGAGAAGUACAAGUAAGUUGGUGAAUCGUGAGUCGUGGGAGAACAUUGUGAAGGUGGCUCCGGCGCUGGCCAGCUGGCUAAGCUCCACACAACUUCCAGAUAGGCAUCAUGGAGCUCACUUGCCGAAAAAUUAUGGCAAAAGAAGUAAGAAGUCAUUCAGACCGAUAAACAUCGAGUUAGCGGAGCCGCGCCACCUGGACGCCAGUAUCGUGGACUACGUCGACAAUAUACAACUCAACAGCAUUUUCAUGAUGAUGAACUACAACAUGCGCAUGCUGGAUAACUUCGAGAUGACUGACGAUGACAUGGUGACAGGCAGAAAGUUGAUGCAGAAUUUGACGAGCAAUAAAGGAGAACUGAUAGUAAAUAUUUGCGACCUGCGACACCAGGGGAAAACCGAGUGGGUGAAGGUACUGAACACGUCGGGAAUUAUAGUUGCAGUUAAUAAUUUUACACUGGACCACUUGAGGUUGAUAGUGACUCCAGGUCUUCCGCUGUUCAAGCCCGAGGAGCAGUGCCUGGGGGAGCAGACGGAGUGUCGGAUCAACGACACGCGCGUUUGCAUCAGCCGCACCCUCGCCUGCGACUCCGUGCCCAACUGCGGCUCGAACUCGACAAACGACGAGGACCGCGUGCAUUGCGGGCUGAGGAGCGGGCGGGGUGCGAUGAGCGUGUUGGCGGCGGCGUUGGCCUGCCUGGUGCUGGUGGUCGCGGCCGCCUACACGCUGUACCACUGGGUGACGCGCUGCGUGCCCAACGUCGCGCAAGCCUUCUUCGUCUACACCGACCAGUCUGAAAACACGCUUCUUCUGCACACAGUAAUGCGAUCACCUAAUGAUAUAGAUGUGGAACCGGACCCCUCACUUUCUGGACAAUUCUCUUUCGUAGACCUUACUAGUCCUGAUUUGGAAAAUAUUAAGGAUGAAAACGUAUGCAAAAGGCUACUAAGAAAUUGGUGGUGUUGCAUGUAUAGCUGCAAUAAAAUAAAGAAAGUAUCAGACAAAACGAUACGAAACUCUAAAGUUAUUGAACAAAUAGAACUUACGGAGAAAGAAUUAAAGAAAAUAAUGCCACAGAAAGAUGAAAUAAUACAAACAGAAAGUAGUCUGGAAAUGAAAAAUAUUAUUUUUUACGAUACAGUAGACGAAGGUCAUAAUGACAACGUUAAAGCAAGCAAAGAAUCAGAUUUUAUGAAAUAUGUUAACGAAAGAGCUAAAACUUUACGUAGGAGCCUAGGAUCAGAAAAUAAUUUAGCAAGUAUUUCACCAGAAGUAUUGCAAAGUAUCACUGAAGAAGAAUUAGAAAAUACUGUUUACGAGCGAAAAGACAAAUUGCCAGAACAAAAAAGACAACCUAAGACAAACAAACGAACCAAACCUGCUGAAAUUAAUCCUAUUGAAUCAAUAGAAAAACACUUGAGAUUUCUUGAAAACCCUACGCUUAUACCUGAUCUACCUGACCAAAGUGAUUCACAAGAUAUUGAUUAUUACAAUCGACCCUCCGUUAGUGGCAUAAACUCCAGAGGACCGUCCAAUAUUGAAGCUAAAGGGAGUAAAGAGUUUAGUAGAAAUUAUUGGAAAUUACCUAUAGGUAAAAAAUCUAAGAAACCGCCUAAGAAGUAG